AUGUCAGCGAUUUCGGACAGUGAUUCGGAAACGGAAGUUAUCUCUAGAAAUUUAUGCGGUGUUGUUGACAUAGGAUCGAAUGGUAUAAGGUUCAGUAUAUCGUCCAAAGCGUCGCACCAUGCUCGAAUUAUGCCGUGCGUCUUCAAAGACAGAGUAGGCAUCUCACUGUUUGAAGUACAAUACGCAGCGAAUUCUUUGGAGAAGGCUCCAAUUCCAACUGAAACGAUAGACGAGGUUUGUGCGGCGAUGAAGCGAUUUAAGCUCAUAUGUGACGAUUUCGGCGUGCCCGAGACCGGUGUCAGAGUAGUGGCUACGGAAGCUACGCGAGAGGCGAUCAAUUCGCAAUCUUUCACUAGUGCGAUAUACGAGUCAACUGGCUGGGACGUUGAACUUUUGACGAAAGAAGAAGAAGGUAGAAUAGGCGCAUACGGAGUAAUUUCGUCUUUCAACUCGGUCUCAGGUCUUUAUAUGGAUUUAGGAGGCGGAAGUACGCAACUCUCUUGGAUUAGAUGCACCGAUGGUGAUAUCACCAUGUCGCCUACACCGGUUUCUCUGCCAUACGGUGCCGGCGCACUAUCUAGAAGAGUGAAAAUCGAAGAAAAACGGGAAUUGUUCGAAGAGAUCAAAGAAGCUUACAGAGCAGCUUUUGAGAAGAUCCAAGUUCCAAAGGAAAUGGUUGUGGAAGCUCAAGAAAAAGGUGGGUUUGAGCUUUUCACUUGUGGCGGUGGGCUUAGAGGAAUGGGACAUCUGCUACUUUCGCAAAUCAAAGAAUACCCGAUUCAGACCAUUAUAAAUGGGUUUUCUUGUUCUUACGAAGAGUUUUCAAGCAUGGCCGACUACUUGAUGCUGAAGGGCAGGGUACCGGGAUGCGGAAAAAUCUUCAAAGUCUCAGAGAGACGCGCAUUACAACUUCCAGCAAUUGGUUUACUCAUGAGCGCGGCUUUUGAAUCGUUGCCUGCGAUGAAAACCAUUCACUUUAGCGAAGGCGGCGUAAGAGAAGGUACAUUGUAUUCCAUUUUGCCACGCGAAAUUCGAGCCAAGGAUCCAUUGCAUAUUGCGACCCGCCCGUACGCGCCUCUAUUGGCCGGUAAAUACUUGGAACUUUUGCGUGAGGCCAUUCCUGAGAACGAGGUACCAGGUAUCGUUUAUAAGCGGAUAGCUCCUGCGCUCUGUAACCUCGCAUUUGUGCAUGCAUCCUAUCCCAAAGAGCUUCAACCGACUGCCGCUUUGCACGUUGCCACCACGGGGAUCAUUGCUGGCUGUCAUGGGCUUUCCCACCGAGCCAGGGCUCUUAUAGGAAUAGCACUAUGCAAUAGAUGGGGAGGAGACAUCCCAGAACAAGACGAAGAGCACAAGAAGCUGUUAGAAGACGUCGUUCUGCGCGAUGGUAACAAGCUCGAAAGACAGCGUAUUGUAUGGUGGACUAAAUACAUCGGAACCAUUAUGUUUGUCAUAUGCGGUGUUCACCCAGGUGGUAAUAUAAGAGACGGAGUGUUCAAUUUCGACAUCAAACAAAAAAUUGAGCCAGACAAAGACAUGCAAGGUUUGACCCUGGACGAAUCUACAACUGCUAGUAACUCCAAGAAGCGCGAAUUCGAAAUAUCAGUCGUUAUAAGCAAAGACGAUCUCAAGACAAGUGCCUCGGUACGGGCCCGUAUUAUUACUCUCCAGAAGAAGAUACGCAAACUUUCCAGGGGUAGCUCUGAAAAAGUGAAAGUUGGUGUUAAGUUCUACGAGAAUGACUAA